AUGGAAAGUGUAUCAAAGCGGAAUAAUUUGGAGGAUGAUCUUAAGAAUGUAGAGUUUGAGACAUCUGAAAAUAUUGAAGUAAUCCCAUCUUUCGAUUCAAUGUGUCUCCGAGACGAUCUACUUCGUGGGAUAUACGCUUAUGGAUUUGAGCGGCCUUCAGCGAUUCAGCAAAGAGCUAUCAAACAAAUAGUAAAGGGUCGAGAUGUUAUAGCACAAGCUCAGUCUGGUACUGGCAAAACCGCAACAUUAGGUAUAUCUAUUCUACAAAUGUUGGACACCCAGCUUAGAGAAACUCAAGCUUUGGUUUUGUCUCCAACCCGUGAACUAGCUUCGCAAAUACAGAAAGUCAUCCUCGCCCUAGGUGACUACAUGAAUGUUCAAUGUCACGCUUGUUAUGGUGGGACAAACAUUGGAGAAGAUAUUAGGAAACUAGACUACGGACAGCAUGUCAUAUCUGGAACUCCUGGUCGUGUAUUCGAUAUGAUACGCCGUCGCAGUUUACGAACAAGAGCUGUUAAGUUGUUUGUUCUGGAUGAAGCGGAUGAGAUGUUGGAUAAAGGGUUCAAAGAACAAAUUUACGAUGUUUAUCGGUACUUACCCCCUGGUACACAAGUAGUUCUUCUAUCAGCCACAAUGCCUCAUGAGAUCCUCGAAAUGACGUCAAAGUUCAUGACCAAUCCUGUUCGGAUUCUGGUAAAACGCGAUGAAUUAACUUUGGAAGGCAUAAAGCAAUUCUUUGUGGCAGUAGAACGAGAAGAAUGGAAAUUUGACACUCUUUGUGAUUUAUACGAUACACUCACUGUCACUCAGUCUGUUAUUUUCUGCAAUACUAAACGUAAAGUUGCAUGGUUGACGGAGAAAAUGCUCAAAAACAACUUCACUGUGGCUUCUAUGCAUGGUGAUAUGGUUCAGAAAGAGCGAGAAGAAAUUAUGAAAGAUUUCCGAGCUGGGGAUAGCCGCGUCCUCAUAACAACAGACUUGUGGGCACGAGGUAUUGAUGUCCAACAGGUAUCUCUUGUCAUAAACUACGAUUUACCUAACAAUCGUGAACUUUACAUCCAUCGUAUAGGUCGAUCGGGCCGUUUUGGACGUAAAGGUGUAGCGAUUAACUUUGUAAAAACGGAUGAUAUAAAAAUCUUACGCGAUAUUGAACAGUACUACUCUACACAAAUUGAUGAAAUGCCAAUGAAUGUUUCAGACCUUGUAUAA